AUGCAUUCCACUGUUGUUCUGCGCAACUUCCGCCAUUUCCUUGUGCUGUCGAACCGUACUCUUUCAUAUGAGACGGUUGAUGUGCGACGGAUCAAUGCGAUGUUGAAUCACGAAGAUGCCAGUGAGUAUCUCAAAAUUACACCUGAUGGCUUAGAGGCUCGAUGCGAUGUUUCGUCGUUUGAAUCAGUUCGUUGUACAUUCGAAGCUACGGAAGGUGUUUGGUUUUAUGAAGCGUUGAUACUAACGCCGGGUGUGAUGCAGAUUGGUUUUGCAACCAAACACAGUCGCUUUUUGAAUCAU